CACAUAUCGGAUCAGAAGUAAGAAGUACCUUUUCUUUUUCUUUUGGUGAGAUCUAGUUUGUUCGGGUUUGCUUUUGCUCUCUCCAGUAGUUCGAAUUUUUGAUGCAAUGGAGCUUUUUCUGUCUCCUACUUUACUACUCGGGGUUCCUCUUCUGUCUUUAGUUUCGAUGAUUUUGUAUCACAACUUGAGAUCUAAACGUAACUCAUUGGCUGAGGAAAUAGCCACCGUCGUUAAGGAAGUAGACAAGGUCAAUGGGAUGCUUUUUUGGAGCCCCCUCUAUUGGGAGUCUAUAGAAAUGCUUGCAAGAGACGAGGUUUCACGAGGCAUAUUCUAUGCACUUCCCGAUGAGUCUAAGCUGCAUUACUUAAAACGCAAAACAAAAGCUUCCAUUGUCCCAGAGUUUGAAAGUUUGAACACUUUUGAUGGCUAAUAUAAAUUAUAUAAUUAUGUUUUUUUGUUACGUUAAUGGAUUAUUUUGUUGUGACGACUUUAUGUUGUGGAAUAUAUUUCAUGUUCAGUGUUUA